AUGGAUUAUCCAUACCUGGCCCUGUCUGACAAUACGUUCGGUUGUGCUGGCUAUUGCUCUCGACCUAUCGACUACGGAGUCGACAUUGUCCUGCACUCCGCCACGAGAUGGAUCGGAGGCCAUGGAACAACCCUGGGAGGCGUCAUUGUCGACGGUAGUACGUUUAACCUGGGCUCUCAUGCUGACAAGUUCCCUCAAUUUCACGCCGACGGCGCUGAAGAUGGCGGUGGCGAGGUCAGUUUGUGGAAAAUGUUUGGCUCGCGCGCCUUCGCCAUGCGCUGCCAAUUGGAGGUCCUCCGACACAUCGGCAGUACUAUGUGUCCUCAAGCGGCCCAGUAG